AUGGUGAGACUAAGUCUUGAGGAGGUUGAUAGGGAAAUAGAAAGGGGCAACUACGCCGAGCGGGCCGGGGCCGGCGCGCCGGUCUACCUGGCGGCCGUGCUGGAGUACCUGACGGCCGAGAUCCUGGAGCUGGCGGGCAACGCGGCGCGCGACAACAAGAAGACGCGCAUCAUCCCGCGCCACCUGCAGCUGGCCAUCCGCAACGACGAGGAGCUCAACAAGCUGCUGGGCAAGGUGACGAUCGCGCAGGGCGGCGUCCUGCCCAACAUCCAGGCCGUGCUGCUGCCCAAGAAGACCGAGAGCCACCACAAGGCCAAGGGGAAGUAGUCUAGCGCCUAGUGAAACUGAAAUCUUCUCAGACCAAAAGGCUCUUUUCAGAGCCACCCACUCGUUCUGGGGAAGAACUGAACACUUUUGUAAACCACGUGGCUGUUAAAGCACUCGCAGUGUCUACACGCAUGCAUGACUAGCACUAUUUGUGCUAUGCGCAAUUUACAGACGCUCUGAGGCCACACCCAUGUCUGUUGUGUUUCUAAAGUGAGUUAAAUAUCGAGCCAGCUUGGGGGAAAGCUAUUCAUCCCAAACGUCUGUCUUCAGUGCCCUCGUAAGACCUGCCAAAAACUCACUAGAAGUGCCAUAGUCAUUGAUCAGUGUAAACAGCCAAACUCAGCGCCCGUUGACUACCUACGCGAGUAUCACUCAUCUGUUGCAUCAGCCCUUAAGUGUCAGGUGGCCGCCUCACCGUCUCCUUAGUGAGCCCGUAGCCAGUUCCCUCCCCGGAGCACGCUGCACGAACUGUCUCCUGUCCACGGCCCAGGGCCUUUCUCCCCUGUAUAGUCAUUAAUAGCUUCUUUAAUAAAGCAGUUAUUAAGCUGCAUUACCUCCUGUGAAACUGCCUUACUUUUUAGAGACUAAGAAAUA